GUGUUGUUUAGCUCGAAUGCCAAAGGGGCAUGAGCUCGUGUUAUCUUUUUCAGUUAUAGAUCGUAGUCAACCGGUGUAUUGACAGUUGUAGUUCUCCAGGAGUCCUCAGGGAUUAAUUCCUCAGCUCACCUGUUAAUCUGCCUGUGAGAGGAGGCGCUGGUGCGUUGCGCUUCAUCGGAUGGUGUUAAACUUCCACCGUCAAUUUGAAAUAUUGCUGUUGUGUCGGCGUCGACUAGAUUUCUGAUUCGCUGGAGACUAAAUGAAAAAGUCUGACACUUGAAAAUGAAGAUUUUUAUUCUCAGGGGAUAGUGAACUGAAAUCUCAGCGCUUUAUUGUGAAAGAUUUCAGUUCGGACAGGAGCAUUUUUGGUAUGGCCAAGGAGUGAAUUCGACAAGACACGGAUGGCAUCGUCAGGCGGAAUUGCCCCUUCCCUACCUGGUGUGCUCAUUUGUCUGAAUAAUUACAUUUACAACAUAGAUUCUUUUUUUUCUCUGCUUACUUGGGAGGGUACUGUUGCUAAGAUUCUCCUUUUACUUUUGAUUUGGUCUCUUUCUCUUUAAGCCUCGUGGGUGAUAACAUCUGAAGAUCGGACUAAACAUGAAGCAACCUUUCAAAGUUUGAAUCCAGCGAGUGGUUUCCUGACAGGUUUGCUCAAUUCCUUGAUAUUGGACACAAUUAUAAUAAAGUAUGCUAGUGAUCUUUGCCACCAGAUUUGCACAUUCAAGUUGUAACGUGUUUAUUUGCAUUCCUGUCUUAUCCGCCUCCCGAUAAUCCAUUUGUUUCAAUCAAAAUAAUGAAUGACGUUAAGUUAGUUGAACUGAGACAGUGAAAUCUCUUUGAUCCGACCGUAGAUCUGUACAUGGAUCCUUAACAUACAGAUUAAUUUGAAAGAUUCUUUGCGGCAGUUUGUUAACAAUCGACUUGUGUAAAACACAUUUAUAAUUUUAUGGAUUAAAACAAAUAUGAAUGGAAAUUAACAUAAUAAGCUUUAAUAAGAUGCACUUGGAAGGGGAAUCUAAUGCUAUGCCUAUAAAGCUGUUAAAAGUGAAAUUUAUUUUCUGAAUAACUGUUUAGUUUUUGUUUCUGAUAAAAUUCAAAGGCUCUAGCUAAUUUUAUAGAAUCACUAAUGAUGUAAAUAUGUAUUUCCUCUAGGGGAACAAGCCAAGAAGUAUUUCCUGAAGUCUAAUCUUCCACCUAUGGUGUUAGGUCAGAUAUGGUAAGACGUAUUUAAAUUCAUAAAAAUAUUCUAUGUGGUGCAUGUAGACAGUGCACCAAAGAGUUCCAGCUUGACUGACAUUCAUACCUGAAUUAAAUUUAUGUUUGAGUUCACAAUAAUUUUGUAUUAUGGGUAAUUUUUGUUUUGUUGUUGAAUUAAGCCUCAAAUUUAACUGAGUUCCUUCUUGAUAGACUUUCAUACCCAGGGUAUUAUACUGUAAAGAGAAAUUGAGUGUUGGUUACUACUGGGAGUUCAAGGGUUAAAAACUGAUGUAUGAAUUAAAAUGAUUGGGAAUGACCUUGUGUACUCUGCAAUAUCACAGAGGUAAAACUGAGAUCUUUUUAACUGGUACUCUAGGAAUCUUGCAGACAUGGACCGGGAUGGCAAGAUGACUAUGCAAGAAUUUACAAUUGCUGUUCAUUUGAUACAAAGCAAGUUAAAAGGAGUGGAGUUGCCCACAUCACUCCCUAAUAGUUUAAAAAUGACCUCAAUGCCAAGCACCUUUCAAGUGGGUCAACAGAAAGCAAAAUCUUCCACUGAUUGGGGUCAGUCCUCCAAUCAACCAAUAUCAAACGGCUUCUCCAAAGCUGGUAUGAUGACACUGCCACACAAACAAACUUCGGGCAUUUCAUGGUCAGGAAUAAGCCAAUCACCACCACAAACAAGAGCAGCAGUGUCUUCAUCAUCUUCUGUAUUUGGUUCUUCUUUUGGGCCGCAGAUAUCAGCAGGCUUACCUGCGGCAUCAUUAUCAUCAUCAUUUAAUGUUGGAAUGAGCAGUGCCUUAAACACUGCUGCUCCUAGUGCGGCAAUAAUAAAUGGGCCUGGAGGUCAAAGUCAGAGUGGUUUUGGGCCAGGAAUUCCCAGUGUCCGCAGGGCAAACUCACUGACUGGAAAUUUUAGUCCAGCUGGAGCAGGAACAUAUGGAACUAUAUCACCAAACAAUAGACUGAAAUAUAAUCAGAUGUUUAAAGCAAAUGAUUAUCAGAAGACAGGCUUUUUAUCAGGUGAGGAAACUGUUCAAAAUUGGCAGACUGACCAGCUAAGUGGUUGCCUCUUUGUCUUUUUUGAUUUUCAUGAACCACAUUUACUGGGUUUACUCAGUACUCUUAACAUCACUUAGUUGGAAAGCAGUUUUGGUAUACUGAGUUAUUUUUGUGGCAAAAAGAAUUCAGUGGGGGAAAAAAUCAGGUGUGAAAUGUAUGGGCGAAGGAUUCAGCUUUGUUGUGAACAAUGUAUAUGGAUAUGCACCAUGUACAUUGAAUGUGUCAUUCAAAUACAAUGUAUAAACAAAAACUUCCAUUUGGCACAAAUGUUUACAAUGGAGUCUGCCUGUGGACAUUAUCCAUUCUAAGAUGCAUACACAUUUUUGAUAGCAAAGGUUAAAGAAAUCUGUGAGCUUUGACAAAAACUAUUUGAUAGAUUUUAAAUCAAAAUGUCCCUAGUAAGGUAAUGAGCAUCAAUGAAAGAAGUGCCUUUUAAAAUCAAGUUGACUUAACUUGAUACAAUUAAGUGCAAUUUAUAUAUUCAUUUGACACUUUUUUGUCUGUUUUUGUUUUUGUUUUUUUUUUUUUUUAGGUGAACAAGCUAGAAGUAUGUUAAUUCAGUCAGGACUUUCACAGGGAAUUCUUGCUCAAAUAUGGUAAGUUAGAUUUAAAAAACAUUUCAGUCUUGUUAAUAUUUAAAUAACUAGAAGGAGCUCUUUUACCAAAGAUAAAUCCAGAACAAUCAGGAUAGUUGGACAUCAGCUGAAAAAUGAAAAUCUAAAAAUUUCCCAGUGGUAUUGUGCAUUGCUUCUUGUCCUCAGUUUUAUGCUUUUCUUUCACAUUUUUAUUUGUGAACAUUUGGACUUAGAACAAGUAUAGUGUAAUUUACCUAAUUUUUUUUUUUCAUAAUUUAGGAAUCUUUCAGAUUUAGACAAAGAUGGACAGCUUAAUAUUGAAGAAUUUGCAUUGGCAAUGCACUUGGUUGAGCUGGCAAAGCACGGUCAGGCCUUGCCCCCUACUGUCCCACCAGAGCUUCUUCCACCUUCAUUCCAGUCACGGCAAGCAAGCACUACAUUUUCAUCAGUUGCAGACGGUCGUGAACGGUCUGACAGUGGACGAGAGAGAAGUGGGAGUGAAAGAGAGAGAAGUGGAAGCAUAGAUGGAAGGGCACGGUCUGGAAGUACCUCAAAUGCUAAGGGAGUUUGUAAGUUUGAACAGCUAUUUUUGUAUCCUUCUAAGAUGUUUAGGUCUUACCUUGUGUGGUACUCAAACUUUUUUUAAUUGUAAUCAAUCCUUCUGGGAGGGUCAUCAAACAAAAGUGUUAAAAACCUGUAUUAGACUUUCAAAAAUUAAAUUUUGACAUAACAGUCAACUCACAUGGACUUGCAGACAGUAUGGGUUGUCACUAGGUUAUUGAUUUAAUUCUUUUUUUGUUUAGUUACUUUUGAAGACAAGAGGAAAGAUAACUUUGAAAAGGGCCGCCUGGAGCUUGAGAGGAGACGCAUGGAAUUGCAAGAAAAAAUGAAAAAAGAAAGAGAGGAGAGGGAGAGGAAAGAAGCCCUGGAGGAGGAAAGGAGACAAAGAGCAAAACUUGAAGCUGAACAGAAGCGACAAGCAGAGCUGGAGAAACAGCGACAGCAACAGCUGGAGAUGGAGAGAGAGCAAGAAGCAUUGAAGAAGAAAAUGAUUCAGCAGAGACUUGUAAGACUCAAGCAUGUUCAUGUGCAAUUUUCCUUUGCAGUAAAGUUAGUUGCAUUUAAGGGUACUUGUGGUAAUUGCAUGUGCAUUCAGCUUAUACGUUUCAAAUUUGCUAAAACUGAUUAAGGUGAAAAAUAUAUUCUGCCAUGAAUGACUCUGAAUUCUAAGUGAAUUGGAGGAGAUUUAAUGGGUAAGUGGUUACUGUGCUGCAUCAGGAAUGACUAGGUCUGUACUGUACCUUUGAAUAAAACACAUUUGAUGCACUGAUCAAUCCAAGACUUGAGAAAUUAUCUGUUGUUGAGGUAUCCAAUCAACUUGCCGAUGGUUCAACUCACCAACGCCAACUCACCGAUAUAUAAAAUCGAGUAGAGAUGUCGGCGAGUUGGUCCUCAAUCCAAUACAACUUAUUAGAAGUUAAACAUACAGAAAAGUAAACGAUAUUUAGUAAAAAAACACUGGUGAACAUUGGUGAACAUCAAACAGAAGCUUAAACAUUGGUGAACAUUGGUGAACAUCACCAAUGACUAUAACAGCUUAAGACGCGAACAAGUUAUAACUUAUUCGCCUUGAGAUCUUUAAAAACUUUGUUACAAAUAAAAAGAAUUUUUUUUAAUGAAGAUCUUGACUAGAAAGCCAAGUUUUCUUUAAAAAAUCUGAACAAUUGACAUGAUGACUCUUUACGGUGUUGUUAUCACACAUAACUUGUUCGCGUCUGAAGCUGUUAUAGUCAUUGGUGACGUUUACCUUCUUUUUUCACCAUGAGGUUCUUAUUAACUUUGUUGGAAGAAAAAUUUUUUCUUUUACUAAAGAUCUUUUACUUUUCUAUAUGUUUAACUUCUAAUAAGUUGUACUGGAUUGAAGACCAACUCGCCGACGUUUCUACUCGAUUUUAUAUGUCAGCGAGUUGGCGUUGGCGAGUUGAACCGUCAGCGAGUUGACCGUAAUUCGUUGUUGAACCCUUUAACUACUAUGAGUCGUCAAGACAGAACUUCUCCUCACAGUAUCAAUAUUAUACCAAGUGGACAAUGGAUGGGCAUAAAGAAAAAUAUAAAUAAGGGAUUAAUUAUAUGACCUAGUAUCUAAUUCUCCAAACCAACAGGAUGAAAAUUGAAUGGUGGACAGUAAGGAGAAUUACAAAUGAGAUCUUGGGAGUGAAAGGGUUAAGUCUUGGCCAGAUUCAGCCUAAUGAUUAGACUGUCCAUGCACCACUCAGAAACUGAAGUGUUGAUGUUGGAAUUUAUGAAGGCUCUCCUCCUGAAAAACUCAUCACUGAAUAGUUUUUAGUCCCAUCAUGAUUAAAUUGUAUAUUCUCCUUACUGAUUAUUUAUACAAUGUCAUGUACUUCUUUGAAUGUAAGUUUGGUGAAUUUAGUAUUGACUGUAAAUUGUUAAAUUCCUACACUUUAGCUAAUAAUCUCUUUGAUCAUUCGGUAUGUGUGCGUAUGAGCAGGUUCACUAUGUGUCUUUGCAGAUUACAUUUAACCCUUUAACUCCCAGAUCAAAUGUAUAAUUCUUCUUAUUGUCAAUCAUACAAUUCUUAUGUUAGCUCAGAGAAUUUAGUAUUGGAUCAACUAAUUAUCCCUAAAUUGAUAUUUGUCUUCAUUUGCAUCUCUUAUUUGGUUGAUAUUGUGGGGAAAAAUUCUGUCUUGGUCACUCAUUAGAGUUAAAGGAUUAAUGUUGCCAUGCAUCUGUUCGCUAAUAGAUCACAAAUGACAUCAAAAUGUACCAAAAAAAAAAUCAGUUACACAGUCAAUCAGUGAAUCUCAAAAUGCUGGUAUCAUUUAGCUUAUCAUAUAAUACCUUUUUGCUCUUAGGCUGCCCAGAUUGAAGCUGAAAGGCAACGUCAAUUAGAAUGGGAAAAGAGAAAAAAGGAAGAACUCUUAAAUCACAAAAAUAUGGAACAAGAUAUUGUCAAUAAUCUUAAAUCAAGGGUUCAGAAACUUGAAGAAGAAUUACUUAAAGUGGUGAGUACAUGUGCUUCUCUAUCUUUUGGUGUAGUUAUUUUGUCCAGAAAAGGGUUUUGUUCAUUCACUUAACCCUUUACAUCCUAACAUCAGUAUCCAUAUUCUCCAUACUCUUCUCUAGAUAUUUCCUAAGGUGCUGAUAAGGAGGAUUUGUUUAACAGUCAAGCGAUUCUUUAGUUGGUGAUCAUUUCCUUUAUCCUUGUGGCCUUAAUGAGUGAUUCAUGGGUGAUGUUGUAAGAAGAAAUUAGAUACUGGUCACUCUUAGGUUUUAAAGGGUUAAAUGUAGUUGAAUACAACAAGGUUUUGACCAGUUGUCAAUGUUUAUUCUGUUUACACAGAACCAGGCCAGAAAUGAAGCACGAGAGACAUUAGAUAAAGAAAGACAAACAUAUGUGCAGUGUCAGUCUGCAGUUAAUCUUAUAAAUCAGAGCAGAGAAAUGAGACUAGCAGAGAUUAGUAGGGUUCAGUGUGAUAUCAAGGUAUGUCUAGAUGCUGUUCUGAAGUCUUUUCACCCUUUCUGUUAAAGUAACUUUAUGCAGUAACUUUUUCAUAUAGUUACAUUUGUACAAUGAAUAUUUUCACCAGUUUGUCUGAUAGCUGCAACUUUGGAUUUAGUUAAUCUUUUUGAGUUAGCUCCUUUUGUUCUUUACACAACUUCUUUCUGAAGUAGCUUGCUACACAAUGUACAUCCAUCCAAAUUUGACAAAGGUUCUAUGAAGGAACAGACCAUUUUCAUGCUGAUAUGUACUCAAUCAUGGAUACAGUGUACCCUGCUUGAAGCUUAUUAGGAAGUUUGUUCUUAAUGACAUAUCUGCUUACCUUGUUGCAAUAAGACAUAACUUAGUAGAUCAAUACAUUUGGAUGUAAGCUUAGCUUUCUUUGUCAGGUCUGUUUUGAGUGAUCUGAUUUAAGUUAUUGUGUGGAAGAAUAAGCUGUUGUGGACAUGUUUCUACUGACCAUUCAGACACAGUACUGAAUGUUUUUGCUCCUACCAUAUAGGACUCACAGCAAAGAAUAGUUGUAAUGAAGAAGGAGAGUGAACGACUUUCACAGGAAAUCAACUCAAUAGAUUCUAACAAAUUAGGUAAGUUUGGUUUGCCACAGAUAAAAAAGUGAUUCUUACAUGGUAUACAACUAUAUUCUAAGCUAUAUGUUUGGUCUUGAAAUUUGUGCAGGUAUUUCAAGCAAUGAGAUGAAAAUUGGGUGUUUGAAACAGUUGAGAUCCAUAAGCUUUCUUUGGCUCAUUGUGUAAAUGUUUAAACCUUAUGAAUAAAGUCUCUGUAUAACCCUGUACAUGUAACAUUUCCUUAUUUUAGUACAUAGCUUGCUUUCCUUGAAGAUACAGUAACUAUUCAUGCUUGAAUUGAAAACUUUCAGGAGACACCCAUGGCAAUGUUAUGGCCAGUGUACAGGACUCAGGGGGAAACUUGAGAAGACUCCAAACAUUACAGAACAAUAUGGAGAGGGUUCUUUCUGAGAAAUUUAAGGAGCUUGACACUGUUAAUACACAGCUUAAGGUACUGUUAAGCAGCUUUAGUCGAUAUCACGUCCUAGGUUUUCACUCAUCUGGACUUUGCUUUGUAGGUUUGGUUCCUUGCUAAGUCUUAAAUCUUUUACUUCAUUUUAAUCAGGUUUAAGCAAUCAAGUUUCUUUAGUUGGUUAUCAUGUCCUUUAUCCUCCUGACUUUUAUGUGUGAUUCAAGGGUGAUGUUUUAAGGAGAAAUUAGAUGCUGGUCACUCUUUGGGGUCAAAGGGGUGAGAUGCAUUGUACAAAGUGCCGUUUGCCUUUUCAUUGAUCAUGAGUCAGACCUACCAUGUGCCAUGAAAUAAAUGCAAUAUUUUAGAGGGUGCAAAGGUGACACCUGCUUGUAAAUGGCAGUCACAGUAAUUGUGCAAUUGUACUUAAAUAUGUAACCUGGGACUGCAUAUGUUUCUCAUCACUGGAGAGUGCCUUAAUGAGAAAGUCUUUUGCAUGUUAACCUGUUCAGGAUCUUAACACAAGUGCACAGCAAUUGUCUGGACAAAGUACCAGGCUACAACACAUAUCAGAAGCUAAACAGAGAGAAUACACCACUUGGAAACAACGGAAAGAUGAAGAUGAUAGACAGCGCAAAGAAAUGGAUGCCAGACGGAAACGCGAAGAGGAGGAAGCAAGGAAACAGAGAGAAAGAGAGCUAGAAGGUCAGUAACUUGCAGUGCCAGCAUUUUCUUUACAUGCCUCCAGGAAGUGAUUCCUCUUGUUUGUUCUUACAGGUAGUUUUUUUUUUAUCAAAAAAGGGAAGAAAACAGUCCAUGCAAGAUGCACAUGUGACGUCAAGUUGUUAUUCAGAUCUUAUUAUUUGCACAACUUAACUUUUUACACCCUAACAUUAAUAUUCAUAUUCUCCACACUGUUCUUGUUACAUUUACUAUGUUACUUACAAGGAGAAUUUUCUUGGCAAUCAGGAGCUUCUUGAACAAGUGAUCAUUUCCUUUAUUCAUAUGACUCAGUGUUAUGUGUGGUUGAAGGGUGUUAUGGCUAGGAGAGAUUAAACACCAGUCUCUUUGGGGAUAAGGGUUUAUUAAGUCAUCAUUACAUUGUAGUGUUACCAGCAAAAGUUUAUGUUCAUUCGUUAUCUAUGCGUACCCUGCAUGCAUUUCAGUACUGUUAUUUCAUUUGUAUCUUUUGUCAUCUUUUAGCCAUGAGACAAGAACAGGAAAAACAGAGGAAGGAACAAGAGAUGCGCCGACGCCUUAAUGAAGCGAGACAGGCUGAAGAAGCCAGAAGACAAGAGGAGCUGAAAAAACAGCAGCUUAUAACAAAAGACCAGAUACUUGUCCAACAACAACAGAUGUUAGUGUCAAGUGCACCACCAAUGGUUAGGCACAUCAGUAGUGAGUCAACCAGUAGUACCAGCAACACCAGCAGCACAUCAGCUGGUGAUGUGAAGCAUAAGGUCCUCCAGAUGCAGCAAAUGAUAAAGGAACAAUCAGCUGAAGUGAGACCAGCCCCUUCAAGUAAGAUUGCUAAGAUUUAAGCGUGAUAGAUGUGGUUCAACCCCUUCCCUCCCCCCCCCCUUUUUUUUUCAUGGUCAUGAGUUAAGCAUACCAGAUUGAAUUUUACUUUCCUUUGGCUUGUACUCAUAUUCUUUUGCAUAAAAAAAAAGAAAAAUCAAACUAGUUUGAAGAAGUUAUAGCAAAGAUGAAGCUUGAACCUUAACUUAAUUAUAGAUGUUUAACCUCUGAUUUGUUAAUUUGGUUUAAUCAACUGAGUUUACAAUGUAAAUUGGCUACAGUGAAGAGUUUAUAAGCUGACAUUUCAAGCGUUGGCCCUUGUCAGAGCAAAUAUCGUCUAAUUUGUGUGCUAUACUUACAUGUACAACUUUACAUGGUUUGUGCAGAAAUAGUACAUGCCAACCUGUAAUAUUACAUACUUUCAUUUAUUUUCUUUCUUCUGAGAAAGAAUGUUUAUCAUAUACAGAUGAGCUCUUUUCAACUUUAUUUCUUUUUUUAUUACAGAUCUCUUUAAGCCCAUUUCAAAACCAGUGUCAAAGAAGGAAUACUACAAAAUUCUUUACGAAUUUGAACCCAGAAAUCCUGAUGAGAUGGCCCUUGAAGAAGGAGACAUUGUCAUAGUAAGGGUUCAGAGGAAUUGUAUGCAUCUGGCAAACAAUAAUUUAGUGGUUCUUUCAAGCAGAUGACUCCAACAACAGUUAUGAAAAGGCUCUUGCGCAAAAAGGGGGUUAUAUCACUUUGUAGGCCCACUAUUUUUUUUGCUAGACUUGUGGCAUGUUUCAACACUAUAAACAGACUAAUGUUCACAAGUCAGUGUUCACUUUUAGCCUCACAAUACCUGUGGAUACUGUACAUAGACAGAGUAAAGCAUUUGACUUUGAAACAAAAAUACUGCAUGAAACUUGCAUCUAAAUACCAAACAAGCUGCAAAAAAUUACAUUUAAGGUUAAAUACCAUAUAUUUGAAAUUAAGCAGCAAAAACAUUACAGAAAACAAGAUUGAUACAAGAGCUUUUUUAUAAAAUUCCAAACUUUCUAGCUUCUUACUGUCUCAGUUGCCUUUCUUUUCUUCAUUUCUGCACUGACUAGAGUCUUAAAAUAUGAUCAGACACCUUUAAGGGUACCCCGCUGGGGCCCUCUUCAGCCAAUAUCUACAAAAGGUUAUGUUUUCACCUGUACACAUGUGUAACAUGUUUCUGUUUAAUUACAACACACUUUAUUUGUAAUAAGUUGUUCACCUAAGACAGACCAUUUGUCACAAAUUGCUUUAAACAUGUACCUUUUCUUUUCCCAGAUUGAUCCUAGUGAAAGUAAAGCUCCACCUGGUUGGCUUCAUGGUGAGGCAAAUGGCAAGAAAGGCUUGUUCCCAGCAAAUUAUGCUGAAAGAAUAACAGAGGAAGAAGCAAAAUCCUCUGACAAAUCCCAAAAAGAAGCUGUCACUGUUUCACCUCCAGAGAGCUCUUCUACGGUAAAGUCUCUUACAGCAGCUCUCAACUUGCAGUUUUCCACAGGAGGCACAAUCAGUCCAGCAGUUCUGAACCAGAACUCUUCUGUAACAAACACAAAUGUUGUCACAGAGGUGAGAGAAAAAGAAAUAAAUUAUUGAAAUGUAUAUUGUGUUUCAGCUGUUAAUGUUAUGAUUGUGGUUUUGGUAUCAUUUUCCUUCAUCUUUUUCAUGGUCUAAACCUGAAACAAACAAAAAUUAAAAAUCCAGCUGGUGAUAAAAAAUUCUUAACCCUUUCACUCUCAAGAUCUCAUUAGAAAUUUUCCUCACUGUCUUCCUUACAAUUCUAAUGAUUUUAGUUCAUAGAGUUAUAUAUUGAAUUUACUAAUAAUCCCUAAAUUGACAGUUUUCUUCAAUCCAAUCACUUGUUUGCUAGAUAUUGUAUUGAUAUUGUAAGGAGAAUACUGUCUUGGUCACUCAUAGGAGUUAAGGGUUAUGAAAGGAAAAAUUUAAAUCAAAAUGUAAAACAUUUAGUAUCACAAUGGUACAGUUGUUAAAUUAUAUUUGCCAAUUUCUGGCAAACUUGCUGGUAUUUACAGAAGUCGUUCAGCCAUCUGCCCAUGCACCACUUAGAGACUGAAGUUUUGAUGUAGAAAUUUGUGAAGGGUUACCACCUGAAAAGUCAUAUUGCCUGUCUCCAGUAACCUAUCAACACAAACUGUUUUUCUCGCAGGCGCCAAAGACUGCUAGCACCCAACAGUCUGCCGAAGGCUUCAGAGUGAUGGCAUUGUAUCCUUACAGAGCGAAAAAAGAUGAUCACCUUACGUUUAAUAAGAACGACGUGAUUAUCGUCAAGGAGCAGCAGGACAUGUGGUGGUGUGGAGAACUCAACGGCAGUGUGGGAUGGUUUCCUAAGUCUUACGUUAAACUUCUUGGAGGAGUUAGCGGAGCCACAAAACCGGGCGAGUAAGUGUGACUGUUGUGAAAAUGAAACUUCACAUCUCUUGGCGUUUCAGCUUUCAUGUAGCUGGUAUCGUUAGUCACACUCCAACAACUGCAUGCAUGUUCUUCACACUAUUCUGUAUAUAUUUCCUAAGGUUCUGACAAGGAUAAUUUUUUUUAAUAAUCAAGAUCUUGUUCUGGUGAUGAUCAUGUCCUUUAUUCUCGUGGCUUCAAUGUGUUAUUCAGGGGUGAUAUUGUAAGGAGAAAUUAGAUGCUAAUCACUCUUAAGGAUGAGAGGGUUAACUAGUGUGUCUAGGAGGCAAUACUCGAACUUCGUUUUAGCCUCAAUUUAUCCCUGUUAUCAGCCCCCUCUCAAGGUCCUGCUCUUUGAGUAACCCUACAAGUGUAAUCUAUCAGUAUCAGGGCUCUGAAUGAUCCCUCUGUUUUGUUUUGUUUUUUGAAGGACAAACGGGGCACCGAAAGAACAACCGAGUAAGUCUCCAGAAUCCAUUCCUCUUACUGAACCAAUUCCAAGUUCACCAACAACACUGUUUGGUAAGUAACUGUUGACUAAAGAUUCAUCCAAGCUUGGUUUUCGUUUGAUUUUCUGAGUCGCCCUGUUUAAUGCUCAAUCGGUCGCAACAAUUUAAGGCUAUUAGGCCAGACAAUCACGAACGUUUCAUGAUCACUUGGAUUGCUUCAAACGACUCGAAAACAGGGGCGUUGGAGACAAUUUGGGCGAUGGUGUGGAUUGAAGUAAGCAGAAUCUGUUAUGUCAGUUAUUAAUGCGCUUUCCACGGUGUAAGGCACACAUUUCAUGUGGCUAGAAACGAGUAGAAAAGUAAUCCCAAUCGAUAUUCAUUGAUCAUGUCAAAGGGCAGAUCAUAUUAGUUUCUCGAGCAAUUUCAAACUUGUGAUCCUUUGUUUCUCGUUGUCACGUUUUUCUAACAAUGUGAGCUACAAACGGCAAUUUACUUUAACCUCCUGGAUGGUUUUCUUAAAGUUUCCCAUUGGGGUCGACUGGAAAAUAUCCUCUUCUUGGAGAAAAAGAUGUUACAUCUGUGUCGAGACUGUCUGUCGAGACUGUCUACUUACUAAUGAGCGGCACUGUAUCUCUCGCUUUAGUGAGAAAAAGGGGCUCACUUGCAGAAUUGCUUUUGUUUAUUUCAGAAUGUGUAGCGGUGUAUAAUUACACAGGUGAAGCUGGUGACCUGUGCUUCUCUGAAGGUGAUGUUAUCAAGGUUUAUAAAGAUGAAGGCGAGUGGUGGGAAGGAAGCUGCCGAGGGGAACAAGGGCUGUUUCCUGCCAACUAUGUCAAGAAAAGGGAGACAGAGGUACUUAUGAAAACUUGCAAACUCGGUCGAAUACUGAACAUGACGUCAAGUUAGUCUGUGCAAGGGUCUCUGUUAGUAAAGACGCGCAAAUGAGGGGUGGGAGAAGAUCGGCGAGGUCUGAGAAAGAGUGACGACGAAGCGUGCAGUCCUUCUUUCCUUUUCUCUCCUUAGUCCCCUCGUCCUCUCUCUUUCGCUCGUUCCGUCGGCGCCUAUUCGUAAAGUUUUCCGGAAAAAAACUAAGGGAAAUAAAAUGAUUCGAAAACACUUCAGUGCGCGUUGAUGAGAAACAAUCUCGGAUUUUUGGCAAUGCAUGCUAUUUGUUUGCAAUGCACAGGUAAUUGUUUGAAAUAAUUUCUUUGUAUUUUUAGGGACCAAAAGCAGCUCCUCGCAUGAAGCCAGGUAAGAACUCACCCAAAAAAACAACAAAAAAAAACCCGUGAGAAAAACGGGAAAACGUGAGUGAUCUAGUCGCGAUUGGUUUUGAUUUGACAUCUGAUUGGUUAAGAGGGUGGCGUGGUUUUUUUUCGACCAAUCACAGAGCGAAGUAAAGCCAGAGCACUGCAAUUACGGUCUGUUUCCAACACUCAAUGAAAACUUGCUUUUGUGUGAUUUGAAAGUUUACCUAAGGAUUUUUUGGAAUUUCAGAAAUUGCCACUGUGAUUUCGGCGUACAAUGCAUUGUCAGCGGAACAGUUGUCUCUUUCACCCGGCCAGCUGAUCUUGGUCAAGAAAAAACACCCCGAUGGCUGGUGGGAAGGUGAACUACAGGUACAGAGAUUAUACGUACUCCGUGUACUUUCUGUUUUUUGUUUAUGUCAUGUCGCACGGAGGCCUAAUGAUAAUAUCGCUUUACUUUAGAUUGGAAACUCUAAGUUCAAGACUUAGCGAAGUCAUUGUAUUCUCUCUUAUUGCGAAUUUGUCUACGACAACUCAGUGUUCUUAAUUCUUUAUUCUUUUGUUUGUUUGUAUCUGUAGGCUCGUGGUAAGAAACGCCAAAGCGGCAUGUUUCCAGCAAAUCAUGUGAAAAUAUUGGAUAGGAAAACUUCACCAGCAGCAAGCUCUCCAGUCACAGAAAGCGUAAGUGUCCCGAAAUGACAUCUGAAACUGCACGUACAUGACUCAUCUUCACAGUUGAAAGCUCUUGUUUACUGUUGCUUUAAUUACACUGCCAAUGUCGGAGGGAUACUUUCAAACUCAUUUUUUUCAAUGAUGCUGGGUUUCCUUUUCCAUGCUCUUCACGGUAAGAGUAUAUUUCAGAGUUUUUUUUAAUCCCUUUUUUGUUAAAGUUCCUACUAAAAGCUAAUUUGGUGCUAUUCGACUGCCGAUUUUUCAGGUUUAUAGUGUUCCUCCUGUGGCAAGAGGUGAGUUUCUAAAAGGUUUACCUUUUAUUAAAGCGUGGAAUUGUAUGCCUAAGUCUAAGUUGUGACUGAUUUUCCCUCGUUUCUUUCCUCGAUCUUUCUCGUAAUUUGUACGGCGCCGUUAAUGUUCCUUUUCGAUAGAUACUCUACCUCUUGGAUGUUUUUUUGCCAGAGAACAUUAAUUCAUAGUUUUAUUCUGUUAAAAGUCUAAAAGUUAAUCUUCUCUCACGCUUAAAGUGACCUGACUUAAAGUUACAUAGGAUCUUGGUAACAGAUUCCCACCAUCUGUGUGAUGUAAGAUCCUCUACAGGUUUGACAAAGAUUUCGUCCUUUCUUUCGUCUCUAGUGACUGCGAACUUAGAACAUGCUCACCGUUUCCACUUGCUUCCUUUGAUUUAGUUUAUUUGUUUUAAUCUCCACAGCGAGACUAGAGCAGGUGUUGGCCAUGUUCCCUUACACGGCCCAAAACUCUGACGAGCUCACCUUCUACAAGGGAAGCGUUAUCACCGUAGUAGGUAAGGAUGGAGACUGGUGGAAAGGAGAAGUGAACGGACAGACGGGCUUGUUUCCAUCAAAUUACGUUCAGACUCUGAGUAACGCGAAAGUGGGAACGACUCAAUGUAAGUAAACAAGUGAAGGUAUUUACUCUUAGAACUGUUGGACAUGUUAAGUCUAACCUUUCCGCACAAUUUCAGUUCGUCAUGCAGCAAGUAGGUAAUAAGAAUAUGAACCGGACAGAGUUAUAAAUUUAAGAGGCCUCAUCUUUGAUGUCGCACUCAAUACUGGUAACUAAUUUACGAGGGAAUAUAUCGCGGUUAGAAGGAAGAAUUAUUUACCGGAUCUUAACCCGCUGCGGUACUGUUUUGCGCUCAUGUAAGAAUGGUCGUCUGAUUGCGCUGAUUAUGAGAUCGAGAGUUUCGUGUAAAAUGUAGUGCUGUUAUUUUAAAGUUCACUCCGGUGAAAUGGUAAUUGCGUUGAAGGUACGUUUUCUGCCUCUCGUUAAUUAUUAGUUUGAUUAAAUACAUGUAUGUCUCAGUCUAAUGUUAGCUAUUGAGCAAGACGUUUGUUAAACUGCUACUUUGGCUGGAAAACCUCUAGCGACCCAGACGUCAGAUUUCAACCAUUAGGAAUGAAAGUACAGCAGUACAAUUAUAACUUUGAUUCUAAAUGAGAACCUGCUUUGAACUGCUUGUUGGAAGGCUAUAAAAAUUGCUAUUUCUCCGCUUCAAAUAUGUAUUAUGAAACUUGUCGACUGUGGAUCAUGUUUGUGGGAAAAAUCUGACUCGUACAUGAGGAUUCGCACCCCAACUAGGUCCGAUGUUGUGGUCAAAUGCUCCAAUGUUGCGGUCAAUGUUGUGAUGUUGCGGUCGAAUGCUCCAAUGUUUUGUUCGGAUACUCCGAUGUUUCGGUCGGAUACUCCGAUGUUUUGAAUUUGCUGCAGAGAACUCGUUAGCGAGCCUUACGCUACUGAAAUUUUACUCUGUACAAUCUGCUUGCCAUCCUAGAUGUAAUUUCCUCGUUAUUGCUGUGUUUUCCUCUGCAGAUUGGAGGGAAUGAGGACGACAGAAAUGCUUUGGGAUUUAUCUUCGCUUAAAUUGCGCAUCUAAAUGAUCUCGAAAUAUUUUGAAAUUAUAGCCUCUUCAUUGAUCAUUCGGUUGUUGUUUUUGAGUGUUUCAGUAGAAGAAUUUAUCCAGGUCCGCUCGAUAGAUCGGGAUUUAAAACGCGUAUAAACUAAAAAAACUAAGGGAUUAGCAUUGAAAGGCUGACUCGUCAUAGCUAUGGAAUUUAUUCAAUGUGAUUAACCAGCUGGAAUAUUUUGUUAGGUAACGCAUGUUAUUCUAGAUAUAUAAUUAUAACGGUUUCUGCCGGGAACAUUAUUUUUGAACCAAAUAGAUAGUUGGUCAGACAAAUUAGGUUUAUGAUCGGAUCAUAAAAGUAGCUAGGUAGAGGAUUUUUUUCAAUUGGCUGGUUAUAAUAUGCCGUAUACCUAACUCUGGUGGUUUGAUUUUUUUAGUCGCGCAUAUAUGUCGUCCAGAUGAUUUGGUAUUAUCAACCGAGUUGAAAAUGUAAAUUGUCCACCGUAUUGAGUUUCUUAAGCUAUACUUGUCGUUAAAUUUGAUUAAGUUUCUUUUGCGGAACGAGACAAUUUAGUUAUAACUAUGACGCCCUGUAAUGACUGGUGGAUGGAAAAUAAAAUCAAUAUUUAAUUUGACGCUGUUUUGUAUCAUAUUCUAGUUAAUUUUUCCAUUCCCAAAGCAUUUUUGUCCGCCUCUACCUCGACUGCUGGAAAGGAUCCUGCGGCACCAGUCAAUGAUUCUUACGCAAAGUUUGACGAGACUCGUGAGAUUGGUGGAUAUUGCUUCGGGUCAAAUUACUGGACUAGUCGACACGCAAACUAAAUUACCUCGUCGAUGGCUGAAGGAUCCUUUUCAACACAUACCGUACCCCCCCCCCCUUCCUUUACUCUCUUUUCCGUCAUCCUUCCACCCAAGCUAGACUGAACUCUCAAGUUCCUUUUUGAUAAUUUUCCCCGAAGCUAGCAGAAAAGCUCUGACUGUUCACUGAUAAAAACGAUUGGAGGACUUUACCGCUAGGCCUUGCUUCCUUACACAAACUCACAUCCAGAGCUAAAUAAAAACAAUGAUAAAUGCUUCUAGGAUAAAAUUAAAUUCGCCUUAUCGAGGAACAGGGCGAACUGUAGCAAAGUGAGUUGGAAAAGGUUUGCAAUGUUUGAAAGAAAGUCGUGAGGCUUAAAUUACUCAUUUUGAAGGAAUGCAAGUGACUCAAAGUUAGUAUCCACGAUCGCACUUUUCAGACUUUCGUUUUCGUGGGAAGGUGUGUCGAGUAUCAUCGACAUCGUCACCUAGCAGUUUUGAAAAGGAAGUCUGAAGUGGUUUGCUUUCUACGCGGGAGACUUUUUCCCCUGGUGACUGGAAUAUCCAGCUUAGACAUUUGGAUGUCAUAAUGUCAGAGGUGACACACGUACUUGAAUACAGCUUGUGUAGAAGGUGUUACGAAUGACCCUUCCGUCUAAGUACAACUGCCAACUAGUGCGGCUAUCGAACAACGUAAAAGAAAAGCGCGUGUUUUAAGGCUCGCGAGUUAAAUGCCUGCAACGCCGUAUAGUCAGAUUCUUUCACAUUUUUGUGUAAACGAAGUAUUUCUGAAUCGGUCAACCUUUCUUACGUUUCCCGUUGUAUUUCUGCUCUCGCAAAGCUUUUGCUGAAAGACGUUUUAGUUAUGGUUUCACAACGUAAUUUGUUUGGUUAUUUUUUUAAUGAUAUUUUGCCACAGGGAAGUAAGCCAAGUCUAUGGUAUGUUUACAAUAUAAAGUGUCGCGAUAAGGUGGAUGAUGCAACAGUAACUGGUUCUUGCCUUCAAAUGUGUUUUUAAACAGAGACAUUUUAUCGAGAAGCAGGUUACCACAUUUGAAAAAGGCUCUAAAACACGAAGCUCAUGUCUGUUGAACUAUGAAAAUUAACCUCUUCUCUAUUAUUUUUUAAGCAGGCUAUAUGACUCUUAUUUGAUAUCAAUGAAAUCGAAGUAAAAUGUAAAUUUCGCUUUCCCUAAAUGUCAGAAUAUUUAACCGGCUGAUGCUGGAUAUUACCACGUGGAAGUUAUGACUCAGUACUAUUUUUAACCAAUUAAAAGAUAUCUCUCGAAAAUAAUCCGCAUUUCCGUCAAAGCUAGCAGCAGUGUCAGUGUUUUGUCGUCGUUUUCAGAGCUUUAAAGCCGCUUAGAUCGAAUACCCUUUCAUUCGUUUGUUAUUACUGUUACUUUGCGUUAUGGGAUUCAGUACGCGUGGGGAAUCACCACUUCAAACCCGUGUGGCGAAAGCUUGUCGUAAAAGCUUGCAAAACCUGAAAAACCAGUUUCGUCCCAAGAGAAAGGUUGUCGUCAUGAAAGAAGAACUCAAUCAAAACAACCGAAAUAUUUUGCAUGGUACGUAACAUUUAUUUCAAAUAACGUUCAUUAAACCCAUAGGUUUCAGAAAGGUUGUGUUUUUUUUUCCGACAGCGAGUUACUAAAUUGAUGCGUUCAUCGAUGGCAAUUGUUAAAGAAACGAUAUUUCAAACACUGUAUAACUUUUUAAAUUGAUAUUUUGUACAGUUUCGUUCUGUUUGACCUCUAUUGGGCAUUAGGUUAACAAUCUUUUCGUUUUUAUCCCUCAAUUUGAAACAAAUAUUAUUUGAUUCUCUGCUUAUCGUGGUUUUUGUUAACUGAACCCAGAUUCAAGGUUUUUGCGAUGCUUGGCGUUCAAACGGAAAUUCAAUUCGAGCGCUUGUUGCUAAGUUUCACUUUCCAUAUGAACGAAACCUCGAAGAAACAAUACGCGUCAAAUUAUUUUUUGUUUGCAUUUUCAGGAGAUCAUUUCGGGGAUUUGUGCCUCUUUCAAACAAUUAUCCUAAAAUUUUCAAGUGUGUCGCUGUAAUCUUUGUUAAUCCGCCCUUUUCUCUGAUCUUUCUAGAUCUAUGUGUUUUUUUGGCUUAUUACUUUAACAUUCAGUGUUUCACUUUCUUUCAUGAUCAACAUCAUCAACGAUCUUAAGUGCUAAAAUUGUUUCAGUUUGCCAUUUCUUGUACAGGGAAUCUUCCCGCUUUCCUCGUCAAUCCUUCUUCCUUCUCAGCUCUUUGUGAGCAGUUUGUUUUUUCUCCCUUUCUUACUGAGCCAUUAUUUUUGUUACUUUCCCUCAAGCUGAAGCAAGUUUACCUUUUCGCAGUAAUCCACGUGUAGAUUAUUGCAUGUGACUUAGCUGCUUUAAGAUUUAUGAAUCACCAAGGAAGUUGAUUCAAUUAUCUGCGAGAUCUGUGACCUGAAGAAUUGACCCUAGCUGUCAAACUAACUUAUCUGCCUACUACCUGAAUACGGCCGUACCUAUACUACCUGGGAAAAAGAUCCGUGUGAAUACCAGCUGUGGAAACCAAUAACAACAAAAACAAUUUUUUUUAUUUAUUCUUUGUUCUUCUUAGUUUUAAUAUAAGAGUUACGGCUAGUUCGGUCGGCAGAUAAAUAAUAUUAAUGUAGGCGGGCCAGACUACAAAGUUUAAUGAAAUAAUCCGAAUAUUACGUGUUACAACGCCGUGGUCGAAAUUGUUUAUUUGAGCUUUACAUUGGUUCGUAUGUUUCUGUCUUCUUAAACUGUUCUUUUUUUGCCAGCCUAUUAGAUGUUGAGAACAAUUGAUAGCAUGUCAAGGAAAUGUUGACGCGUAUGCACCCUGUCGCGAGAACGCUUGGAAUGAUUAAAAGUGAAUUUAAGAAUAUAAAGUUUGCCUUGCGUUUAUCCUUCUACGAUUUGGACAAAAGUCCUAUUUCUCGUAACUGUGAUUCUUGUGUACGCCGUAAAAAUGGAAAGAAAAUUUGGCAUUUUACCACUGUUUUGCGGCAGACAAAGACCUGACUGAACCGUCUGUGCAAAAGUUUCACUCAGAAUGCUUUCUUAUCUACGGCAAUUUUCUCGACAGGGACUGGAUCAUUCGAUGAAAAAGUGUUGGCGACUAUGUCUUCAACAGAGCGACAGAGACAGGUGCGAUUGCCAAAUCCUAACUUUAUAUUACUUUGUUUCUCGGUCUGAGCAUGACUUUACAACCAAAACAAUGCUGUUUCAGAUUACCUUCUCCUCAGCCCAAUUGGCUUCACUGAAAAACUUUCCUUUGUUUAUCAUCAUCUGUUUAUCUUUAGUUGUGAGGUUUUUUAGUUCCAGUAGCAACUAAUAAUGUAUCGCUUGUAACAGAAACAUGCGACCUUUGUUGGUAUGCCUUUCUCUGUAGCCUCAGUAGGUUAUUUCGCCUUUCGUUUAGACAUGUGGCUGGGUUAUUUCUUAAAUACGUAUUAUACUGAGCGUUAUAUCGCCUCUCCCCCCUUCCAGAUUAUUUUCAAGGAGUGCUUCUUGAUUUUCUUGCAGUGACAAACUGAACAUAUAACACAAUAUUUGCUUUCUUGUUGUUUCCGUCAUUCAUAAUUAUCUCUCCUCUACAGAAUGUUAUAUAUGAAUUGAUGAAUUCGGAGCAGAGCUAUAUGGAUGAUCUGAGUGCGACUUUGGAAGUAAGUGCAUGAUGGACUCAGAGUUGAUUAGCUGAGGAGUUUAUCAAAUUAAUUCACAAAAAAGGAAGGUAUUGCACUUUCUCUCACCUCUUGAUUGUGAGGUCUUCUGAUGAGUUUUUUUGUUGAACAGCCGGCCUAGCAGUGAUUAGGGUUAAAUGAUUAAGGAAAAAGAAAAAGGUAGAUAAAUAUUGGGGACAAAGCAGAAGGCCGAGUAUUUUAGCGCAGUGGUCUUAUAAUCUGUAGGAUCCAAUCGAGUCCAGUAUCUCUACUUUGAAACUUGUUGGAUUUGUCGUCAGCACUUUCUUGUUAGUUCUCCAGCAUCCCUAGCAGCUGGUCUGUUAUUUCACCAUUAGCUGUGUUAAAUUCAUAUAAUUCAGGGCUCCAAAUCGGGGCUGUUUUAAAGAAAGGCCAUUUUUAUUUAAAGCUAAUGUACAAUAAAGAAAGUUAAAACUAUGGGUACUUAUUUUAUACAGGUGUUCUACAAUCCUCUCGCUGAUUCCGGUCUAGUGACGCAGCAAGAACUUAGCACUGUGUUUAUUAACUGGAAAGAGCUCAUCUGGUGUAACAUGAGGCUGCUCAAGUAAGUAGUUACGCAAUGCUUUUCAUAACGGUUCUUUCAAACCCUAAAGUGAGUAAUUAAAAUCACCCAGUUUAGUGUUUGAGAACUCAUGCUACGAUGAUACCCAAACAGGCCAAAAUAAACAUCUUGAACUGUGUAAUCGUAUUUUUGACGUUUUGUAUCAUGAUAAAGCAAGGCUUGGCUUGUUCACUAAGUUGUCUGCUGUUUUGAUCCACAGGGCGUUUCUCAUUCGAAAGAAGAUGAACAAUAACGUGGCAAUUACGUCGAUUGGGGACAUUUUGUGCGAAAUGGUGAGAUCUCUUAAAACCCAAACUUACUGUCAUGUCGUAUUUCAUUUGAAAGAGCAACGGAACGAGAAUUCUGAAUCGUCUAGGUUCCGAAUCAUCUCAUUUUAAAAGAAACACCGUUAAUGGUAAUUUUAAGGAUGUGAUAAGUUUCUUUUGUAGUCGACUUCGAAUUUUAAAGCGAUAUGACGACGUGAGAGGGUGUGAAAAAAGAAGUGGAACAUCCUCUCUUAAAGUUGAUUAUUUUCAUUCCUAGCAUUGUAUUUUUAUGUUCUGCUUUUAGUUGCCCCGCUUUACUCCAUACGUCAGGUUCUGUAGCUGUCAGCUCAAAGCUUGUCAGCUAUUACAAACCAAGAUCGAAACUAUUCCCGAAUUCAAGCAGUUAGAGAAGGUGAGAAUUUUGUGUUAGAUCAAUUAAGAUUGAUAGUUGAUAUGGGUCUUUCUUCUCACCAUUUUUCUGAUUGGCGAUGCAUGGAUAUUCUAAGGAGAGAUUGCUUUCAGAUUGGUCACUCCUGAGAGGGAAAGGGUUAAAGCCGUUGAAAACUGGAACAAGAAUUUCACGUUACUGUGAUCUUAAAGCGAACAUUUGCGUUUAUCUCCAUCAUUUUGUCAAUACCGCUGGAGUUAUUUAAAAUAUGUCAAUUGGAAAAAAGGAAGGCUGUAAAGAGAGGAUGAAGACCGCCUCUGCAUCAUCUAUUUGUGUUGGGAAAUUUAAUUUUUGUCAGGGAAAAUUUAAGGCUUUUACUGAAUUUGUGUUUCUUGGUUUGUAUCUAGAGAUGUAUUGCGGAUCCCAGAGCUAAAGGUCUUCCUUUGAGUAGCUAUUUACUGAAGCCUUUGCAGAGAAUUUGCAAAUAUCCCCUUCUUAUCCGAGAGGUAAGUAAAUUUUUUUUUACUGGUUGAGACUAGUUAGACGUUCCUUUUUCUGCAGCACUUUCAUGGACUGACCCGUCCACUAUGUUUUGUUGCUUUAUCAUCGAUCGACUGAAAGAUGGCAGCUACAAGUUGGUAAUGCGUCUUUUUAUGUUACAUCUGUCUUUGGGUAUUUACGUACAAUCUUUCUUUUCUCCCUCUGUAGAUUUUAAAAUUUACUCCGGAGAAUCAUUCUGACAGAGGCAACUUAGAAACCGCGCUUGAAAAAGCCGAAGAGCUCUGUCAACAGGUGAGAAAUCCUGGUGCUUGAUAUGCGAGAGGAACUGUUCCUCUUCUCCUUCUUCUCCUCCUUUAAACUUUCCUCCUUCCUUCUCGAAUUCCGCAUCCUCCAUUCCUCCAUGCUCUCCCCUUUCUUCCUCUUGAUGCACACCGUUGACUUCAUACCACUUAUAGCUACAAGUUUUCCUCUGUUGUUGAGUUGUUGCGCGUUUUCUACAGGUUAAUGAAGGUGUACGCUCUCAAGAAAACACAGAUCGCCUUGAAUGGCUUCAAGCACACGUCAAUCUCGAAAGUAUUGGAGAGGUACAUGAAUGGUUGUCGUCAACGUUUAGUUAAGUAAUUGAUUUCCCUUACAGAGCGGUAUGCUUGAAGUUCCUUUAUUUUGUUUGUUUCUUUGCAGCGUUUGUUUUUUAAUUCCACCACGAACUGUCUUGGACCAAGAAAACUGUUGCACUCCGGAACAUUAUGGAAGGUACACUUAUUUUUUCUUUGUUUUUGUUUUUGUUUUGUUUUUAAUCUGUCCUUUUUUUUUAUCCUGUCCACCUUGAUUUUGCAUUACUUAUUAGACGAUCUGCUCUCCUUGCUUUUCGCCUUAUUUAGUAACUGGUCGAUUUAAGGGGUACCUACCACGAGAGGUAGGCAUCAGGAAUUUUAUCCCUGGGAUUUGAUGCGAUAGCUCUCAUAACCCGGGGACUAAGCGGGAAACCGAACCACUUUGGAUUCGUCGAUAACUCUUUUGACCUAAAUAUCUGAGAAAGUUGGAAAGAAACUGGUGAGAUGGCAUGUGCACGCCUGCCUAGUCCUCUUCUGGGUAGACUCUUAAACCGCCCUGUUUUCAUUAUUGCUUUCUGUGCUUUUUUAAGUUCUGUCUCUCUCUACCAAGAAAGAAGAACACAACUGCUUCGUGUCAUAAUCAAAGUUUGUUUGCAAUGAACAAGCAUACCAGUGAUUAAGGAUCGGCGUUAUACAUAUGCGUGACUCUUGACAGUCGCGAAGACUGCAACAGAAAAUAGUGUUCCCUGCAGCUCUAUUUCAUUCAAGAAUUUUAACGCUGAAAGCCAACAAAACAGAUCACAGUUCAGUGGCGAUGAAAUUGCGCUGAAAAGGAACUUCACCUUUGUUAUUUUAGGUUAAGAGUGGAAAAGAACUGAAGGCUUUCUUGUUCAACGAUUUUCUCAUGCUCACCCGGCCGCGAAGCUCCAUUGCAGGAAGUUUGUCCAAGAAGAUUGGAUUUGAGUCCAAUGAACAAGAUGCUAUAUAUGACAUUUACAGAAAGGUAGGUAUCAAUACACUCAUCUCGUCCAUUUCUUUGUCGUUUAGUUCUCUUUACUGUAACUGUGUUAACUGUCAUGGUUUAUCAGGAAUUGUUCUGAGGGUCACGUAUUCUUACCACUUUGUUUCAGCCUAUCAUGCUGAAUGAAGUCAUCGUCAAGAGAAAUCAAGAAGUGAAUCGUAAGUAACGAUCAUUUUACUCCUUAUGUUGCCCAAAAAAAAUGAAUUAAAAAUACUAGAUUGAAAACGUACCUCAAGUGUUGUUGUUUUAGAUUAUGCAAGCAUUCACCAAGACUGCCGCCGCUCGUUUUUGCUAAAACUUGGGUACAAAGCUGACCAGAAUUUCAGGAUAAGGUGUGACAGCAAACCCACGAAAAAUUUUUUUUUUGAUAUCAUCUUUUUCUUCCCUAACUUUCAGCUGAAGAGACUGUCUUUCACAUAUCGCAUAUUGAUCAGACGUACUCCUUCCGAGCAGAGUCUAAAUCCGAAAGGUAACACCCACACAAGAAGCCAUAUGAUAUGUUUAAUUGUAGUCGUGUUCAGCGGACUAAUGUUCGAUCGUUCCUAUCAAUUGUGGAACAAACACGGUGGCCUAAGGCUAAGUGCUCAGAAAUCAGGUUUGAGAGGCUGGGUUCGAGCUGGGUUCGAGCUUUCGCGAGUAUCAUGUUUUGUUCUAUGGCAAGACACAAUUUAACGAUGUCUCUCUUUACCAUGGGUUACAAAUAAGUUGCGACCAGCUGUCUGAUGAACUGCUAGGGUGUUCUCUCUGAUGUUAUAUUUAUUAUUUUCUUAUUGACGAGAUUUCCUUUGCAGAAAUCGUUGGAUGGAUUUAACGGAGAAAGCUUCCACGACAUACAUCGAAACAGAACGUGAAUCGCGACAGAAAGCGCACAGAGGUUAGUAUAAUGAUGUCACCUUCUCUUUGUGCAGGUCCCUCCCUCUCUUUGAGGGAGGAGGAAAGGAAGGCGGAGGAGGGGGAGGGUAGGGUUGUACAGAAGUUCUUAACUGUAAAUGAGGUGAUUGUUCAGUAGUUGGUUGUCCCAUAUAUCUGCAUGAAAGGUAAAUGUGUCUUUUAAAAAACCCAUGGAUGCUUAAUCCGAAAUGAGUUGAUAAGUGUAGAGAUCUACGAAACGCAGUCAGCGUUUAGCCGUUUCGGGCCAUUUUCUUUCAUUGUUUCUGCGUUUUCCGACACGUGAUGUUAAAUUUCGCGCUUGUAGACCGUAGAAAAGUCCCGAAUGUGUCGCAACAUUCUGAGCGAUUCCAUUAGGAUACGAAAAACAUAAUGACCAAACGGUUACAGGUCUGAAUUUGUUAUAGAGUGAUUCUGGUCAACAGGCUGGGGUAUUGUUUCUUUAGACUGACCAGCUUCCCGUUCAGGAAUAAAUGAGGGAGGGAGGGGGGUGGGUGGGGAGAUUGGGUAGAUAAUCUUAUUCAUUUUAUGAAACCGGCCAUGUUGGGCACUCUAAGGAAAAUCAUUUUGUCAAUCAGAACGCCAAGCAGAUGAAAAAAUCUAUUUUCGAAGUUAAUUUGCUCACUGUUUAAAUUUUGUAAGUAUUCAAUGUAUUUAUCUUUUCUUUUCCGUUUCCUUUCAUCAGCGCGAUCGUUUCGGACGGGCGGAAUUGGAAAGCUCAAGGUGACCAUGAUCGAAGGGGUUGACUUAAUAGCGUCUGAUCCCAAUGGUGAGUUUAGUGAUACUGAAGUCGAAUCAGGAUUUUAAUUGCAUAUUGUCGCCGUACAGCCCAAGGGAACACGAAAUAAAAUCACCCAACUUUAGCCAACAAAGGGAGAAGCAGCACGCAGAAUGUCGCAAGACAUCUGAAAUGUUAAUAAAACCAAACGAAAAGUAGUUUACGGCUCCAGCAAUCGCUAAAACGUUUAGCAUUACUUUCGAAAUUUAAGGGACGAUAUUAACAUCCACUGUAGAUUAUUGAUAAAUAUUUCAACGCUAGCUCUGGUGCCUUAAGUUUUGCUAUAAGGGCUUAAUCAAGAGAGGGUCUCCUUCCACCAUCCGUUGUUUUCAGAAGCUUUUUCAGAUACAGUUUUGAGAUAAUUUCAGCUCUUUUCAUCUGCUCAUUCACCUAGACGGUACUGAAUUACAUGAAAGGAUAAUGAACCACUUGCGCUUAUCAUAAUUUUACAUUAAGUGCGCAAAGGAAAAUGCAUAACUUCAAACUAAUAACUUAUAAGUACUUCUUUGUAUGUCAUUUCAUAUAUUUGUUAAAAAGAAGCGCGCAACAUGCUGUUCCUCGGCUAAUUUUAGACUUAAAUCAAAAUGCAAAAGUUGCACGAAUCAGUUAGUUCCUCUUCGUUUACAAUUUGUGGAUAACGUGAAAGGAAUAGCUGAUUUAAAGCUAUCCUUUUACGCGAGUCGGCGUGUUAAGCGCAUACUCAGUCAAAUACGCUGUAAGUUGGUAAUGCUUUUACUAUAUUACCAAAAAACACGGUAGUAUUUGCGAUCAAGAUGGGUGUGAUGGCCUUAAAAAUUGCCCUAAAAUAAUAACACCGGAAUCUUGCAAGAGUUCUGAUAUUAAAAGAUUCAGGUGUUUUUAUAUAUGUUUGUGGUUAUUCUUUGGUACUAAUGCGAACGAAAGAUUAGCCGCAUGUAAAUCCUAAAUACCAAGGGUAACUAACGGAACACAUUCUUUAUAGCUCGUUAAACUAAAUCUUUCAGUAAGUCAGGCUAAACAAAGCUUAUCUAGAAAUGCUUCGUUAUACGCAAGGUUUUUAAGCAGUCGUUAACUGUGGAAGUGAAAUACUUAGAUGCAUAUUCAGUUAAUGAAUUGAGGAUGAAAAAUAGUGCAGUCGCUUACAACUCUUCAGUCCUAACCCCACGGUUUCUGUCGCUGUUUUUUGAUUGAACCACUGUUCUAAAAUCCUGAGUCUGUCCUAAGCAGGCACAAAGUCGGAACUCAUUCAAAACUUCCUUAAACGCAGUUCGGUAAUUUGUACUGUUCAGCGCAUAGGUGAUAGGAUUCAAACUGGAACUGCAGUACACCAGAAAAUACGAAGUCUUGUAGAACACACUGCUUUGGGCUAUGUCUGCUGCAGUUGCAAUGGCAAAGGGAAAGAAACAAAACAAAAACACAGCAGUGACAAUCAGCAACAUUUGGACGAUUUUUCGUUUGAACACUCCAUCAUUGUCCAUUCCGGCGUUAGCGUUUGAGGAGCAAAUCGUGUUGGUGAAGUACAAACCUCUGAUUAUGCUGAAGUAGCACAUAAACAUGAUAACAAAAGAUGAAGUGAUGAUCACGGCAAGGGCGAUCCAAUAUGCAUUGCUUUCCGCGGCAGAAGUCGGCCAGCUUGUAAUGCACCGAUGGUAUUCCUCGCUGUAUGUUUCGAAGAUAAACAGGGGACACACAUAAGCGAUGGCGAAAAUCCAUAUCCCUAUGAUGGCAUAGAGGACGUUUCCUUUCGUGAGACGAAACCGCGUUUCCAUUGGAAUCACCAGAGCUUUGUAGCGUUCCACAGAGAUUAAUGUCAGUGUCAAUCCAGAGACGAUCAUUCCAACACCAGCGAUGGUGUGUGUUGUAAUGAAUUUACAGAGGAGAUUGCCCAUUUGCCCGUUUGGUUGCUUGGUAUAGGAAAGAAUCAUCCCAGGAAGGCAGAAGACGAGAGUUAACAAGUCUGAGAUGGCGAGAUUGACGAGCAGGAAGUUCAUGGUAGAAUGCAUGGAUCGUUUUCUUCGCACCACUUCUAUCACAAGUGAGUUACCAGCGAUACCCACAAGGAUUACCACGAUGUAAGCCAUAAUCAGGAAGACAUCUGCUGUGCCCACCCGCAUUGUAAAUCAAAGAGAUGCGACACCUAUAUCAAGCUCACCUUUCUUUUGUUUCCAUGAAUAUGAACACUCCACCAGCAAAAGUUCUCAAUGGUAUUUUCGAUUUUUCUGCUGACGCGCUGUUUCAGCUAUCUGCUUUAUCCGCAGUUAAGACAUCUCGUGUGACAGUUUCAUCAAAGUUUUAGCGUUCCGAUGUCUUUCCUGUCAGGUUGUUUUCGUUAUCAGACUCUCCACGGUUUUAUUUCUUUGUCCCAAGUUGCCCUUUCAAAGGUUGCGAGCAGUUUUUUACUGUUCCUCCUGAAAAAGGACGGAAAAUUCUGUGAAAAUCUGCUUGUCGUAGAAAUAGACGGAAACUGUUCGUAUUUGCCUUUGAUGUCUUUCCUCUUACCUGACGUUUCAAUGCUUUUUCUGCCUGGUGGUAUUUAACCUUUGGUGAAUUGUGGCAUCCGAUAGCUAGGUAUGCAAUUUUUUGUCUCAGUUGCCGCAUGAGCGAUGCUUUUUUACUGAAACCUAUUUAAAAAGUGACAACGUCAAAGAGUGUGUAAUUUGAAAGCUCUAGAAAUUGAAAUGGAAUCACUUAUUGAACCGGAAAGUUCAUUUGUUGAAUAAAUAACUUUCUAAAUAUGUUUUUGUGGUACAGUGUUUCAGAUUUGUUUGUGAAAGGGAGCCAUUGAAUUUGGAAAAUUUUAUUUGAACUUUAACAGCUGUUGUGUAGUCCGGUUGUCUGGGUUUACUCAGCUUUGGAACAAUUGCAAAAUUGCGAGAAUAAAAAUAAAACCUGGGAAACAUUUUUAUUUCAUGUUACCCACAGAGUUUUCUUCACACGCCCCUGGCAUAAUUUUCCGUUGAGUAAAUGAUGUUUACAUUAUCCUAGAAUGCAAAAGAGUCAUUUUAUAUGCAGAAAGGUGUGGCGAAUUGGUUGUGAUGUGUAAUAGAUGUAUUUUUACUUAGCACCCUGUGGCUUUUUUCAUUGAUACUAUUCUGAUAUUUUGUUUUUCUAGACACUUGAAGAAAUGUUGUUCUUCUCUAUUCUAUAUUAGUUCCACGUCCAGUCAUUAACCUCAGUAGUUCUCCAAUAAAAACCGCUCUUAAUUCGGAGCAAAAUUCUGAUGGAAAGAUAUGCGCUUAAAAUGUUUUUUCUUUCUUUCUUUCUUUCUUUCUUUUUUCUUAAUGAAAGGAGAAACAUUAACAAACGUCGACUAAAACCUCCGUGAUAUCAAAAUUUACGCUUAGCUAACUAGUGUUCCCAAUAAUGACCAAUGCUAGUAUUAUCUGUAAAUCGAGUAGCUAUUGACGAUGUGGUUUGAGUCGGAAGGUCAGAAAGUGCAAUAUGAUCUUUUCGCUCGGUUUCACCUUGGAGUGAAGGACAAAUUUCUGCUCUGAAACAUGAUACGAUUAAAACUCUUACGUAACCAUGGAGUUAGUUUACCGUAUCCUAAGUUUACAUUAUGUCAGCUGAAGAGUAAACACCAUCUCAUCAUAAGUCGAUAUGAAUGCAGUACGUGGGGAAAUCUGCAAUGAGCAUUAUCCAGUCACUUGAAGUUUGCCCAAUUCUUAAUUAUAAUUUUGCUUUUUAGGGGGGUUUUGCUUUUGCUUUUGUUUUUUUCGUCGACGAGAGUAUCGCUCAUUUUUCUCAACGAAGUUUACAAUUACUCAGAACCUAUAUCUUGAGGAUAUAAUGAGUCCUGCAUAAUCGCUUUCAAAACAGUGUGAAUCAGACGUGACUUUUGAGCUUUGUUACUUUCUACUUCUCGAUCAACUUUCAAGCGACUAAAAGUAUAGAUGUCCAAUUGCUUUUGCGCUCAUUGAUGUGUGUGUCUUACAGGAACCACAACCGGCAUGGUUUGAGUUAAACAAAGAAUUAGCAUAAAUAUGACAAAUUUGUGGCGUAGUAGUCAACGUCUGUUUGCCUUUCACAUAUCGCUAAGUAAUGGUUUUUUUUUUUAAUAUUCUACCUGGAGGCAAUUUGUUUUCUUAUACAUUAGCCAAAAUAGUAAAAGUCGGCAAUCAUGAAAAUACUUAUUUUUCCUCUUGAUAAUCAGCAGAUAGCAGAUGACAGAUAUAAUAGUGAUCUGAUGUACGUAGUAUUUCUCCGUAGUGACAUCAAGAGACUUGGCAAUUUUCACUAAGAACUGAUAUUUUGAUAUUGGGUCUAUUAUAGUUCGUGAUGUUUAAGUCUCCGAGACGUCACACUUAUUUCUAUCAUCUGACAUUUUGAAGAUUUAAAGAAAUCAAACAUGUUGAACUGGUUCAUCGAAACAUUGUCAUAAAACGAAACUCUUCCCAUUCAAGAGCGGAUCGCUUACCUCAGAGUCAUUGAUUUUUUUUCCAGAAUCUUCACUUGAAUUUUCGUACUUGACACUAAUCACAAUUGAACGACACGACGUCGUUUUUUAAGGCGCCUUUGAAAUAUAAUAUUUUAGGCGUCUAUACACCGAUUUUCAGAUCUACGAACAGGAUAAUUUGUGCUUGGAGUAGACAGUUUAUGCUUUCCAAGAAAGAAAAAACAUCUGCCUCGUUCAAUUUGUUUAACUAAACAUUGAAACAUUAAACUUCAACGAUAUCGCUUAUUUAUUCUUCUGUCUACGUUAUUGGUAGCUUGGGCUUCCAGGAGACAGCUCUUACGCGCAAUUGUUUACUGAAUACGAAAAGACGUGAAUAUAAAAGCGAUCUUCGCAGUAAUGAUCACUACUUGAGUUAGAAAAGUUAUUAUGUUUUGCUGUGAUUGAUGAGUAUUAAAAGCGUAUGUUUUGCAGGGAAAUCAAAACAGUGCUGUUGAACUUCUCAGGAAAGUUCCAUUUUUAGAAAAAUAACAGAUACAGCGAUCUUUUGUCGUUUUUAAACUUGCCCUAAAGGGUUUCAGUAUCCUCCUGCGGAAAAAAAAAACUUAUAUCUAGCUUCUACAAUUGCUGUAGUUACAGAUGAAGUACGUAACUCACUUUUAUGAAACUGUUUCAAAUGUCUCUAUCAGUCUUGUCUUGCAAAGUUGCUAAUGAUUCUUCAGACCUUAGCCAUGCCCAUCUAUGUCUGCCACAAAGGUGCCCCCAACUUUAAUCGCUUGGUAACACCGAGUGGUAAUGAGCAUCAAAAUUUAAUUGGUUUAGCAGUUGGUGCAAAGCUUUGGCCAGUCGCUGCAGAUAUGUCUUAGAGCCAAUCAGAUACAAGAUGUUAAAGAAAAUAUUGUUUUUCAUCGUGGUUCUGCAGAUGAAUUAAUGUUUAAUCGUUUGUCUUGCGAUGUAAUUAUCAGGCUAUCAGUAGUAUCAACCGCGACGUUUCGACUACUAUACUGCGUCUUCGUCAGGCGACGAGGUCGAAAGUUUACUUGUCGUUAUUUAUAGCACCUUGGUUUGCUGUCAUUCGUAUGAUAACAUACUGUGAUUUGAGUUCGUGCGCUUUUUGGCGUUUUUCUCUCCUCUGUAUUCGAGGAGAGCAGUUUUGUUGCUGUUUGACAGACUUCUUGUUAGCCGUGGACGAUAUUGUUGGAAUAAAGUAACCCUGGGUGAAAAUGUAGAUGUCUUAACUGGCUUACUUAUGUUCUUGGUCUUACCUUGUUCUUUUAAUGCAUAGGUCUAAGUGAUCCCUAUUGUGAAGUGAGCAUGGGCAGUCAAGAACACCGCACGAAAGUGGUACCGCAGACGCUCAAUCCGAAAUGGAAUUCUCAGGUAAAGUUCGCAAACCAACUCACUAUCAGAUAGCUGGCAGAGUGAUUUUCUAUGGUGUCCAUUCCGUCACUCAAUAAUAAUGCGUUCUCUUUAAUUUUUCUUCGCAGAUGACUUUCACGGUGAAAAGCCUUGAGCAAGAUGUGCUCUGCAUUACUGUCUUUGAUCGAGACCUGUUCUCUCCAAAUGGUAAAGUAACAAACCACGAACGAUUCCUAUUCUGUAAUCGCUAUUUUCGUUUGUUUGUUUGUUUGUUUUACACCAAUGACUAUUUCUGAAUAUUUUUUUUUUUACUUCUUUGUCAGACUUUCUGGGUCGCACAGAGUUAAGCUUGGCGAAGCUUUCAUCAAAAGGCAGAGGACCCUGGCUGGAAAGAUUAUUAUUGCACGAGGUUGAAACGGGAGAAGUAGUAGUAAGGAUUGAACUACACUUAGAGGCAACAUAAAUGUAAUGUAAAUCAAUAGCUGGAUGGAACAACCGCUUAGCGAAUGGCCUCAGCCUCAAAUAUGAACACGUGUUACCUUGUGACGCCACCACCAGCUGUACUGAGUCGUUUUUAGCCGAUGACAUUUACAAACUAAGGCAUCUAAUGUUUGACAUGUAUUUUAACUAGCUUACAGAUAGAGAACAAGGCGUGAAGACACACAAUACUUUUUUUGUUGACGUCGUGUCUGUCUAGUGUUAGAUGUCAGACUAGCUGGUAAAAGACGUUGUUUGGGGAGAGCUUUAUGUAUUUUGAGUUUUUUUUUAUAGUAUCCACUGAUCGUUCGAGAGUAAAGAACUGGCAACCAGCCUCGAACAUACUCAUUCUACAGAGAAUUGUGUCUAUUUAGGUUUUUUCACCUAUUUCCGACGUGAUAAUCCUUCAACACCUGCAAAUUGAACUAAGCUACUGAUGUAGAAAGUUGAAAAGGGUGAUUUCCUUAAACAGAGUUGUUUUUCCUCCCCGUAAAAGGUCUUACUUUGCGAAAAUGUGUAGUUCGUAAGGACUUCUUCGCAAUUUUAAGGUAUUUUAAUUCCAAUUGUGAACUUGUGAAAAUACCAUUUGAAGCCACUUAACUGAGAGCAAGGAUGAAUAGAUCCUGGCUUAAUGUCAAGGUUGAAUUUUUCUUUGGACGUUGAAAGACACGGUGACAAACCAAACCAAAACCGUUUUUUUUAUUUUUUAAGUGCACCCUGUAAGAUUAAAGUAAUAUAAUUCCAAGUGUGCGUGUAUGUAAUCUCUUUUAGUGCUAUCCUUUUGAGCAUAAGGAACUAUGUAGAGAACUUCAUGCUUCAAUCUAUAAAUAACUUGUAAUUAAAAUAAUCUUUGUCUUCUUGUAGAAAAAAAAAACAUAGCAACUUACAGAUUCAUUUUUUCUGUUUUUAAAACGAUUUGUCGUCUUGUUACAUCAUUUAGAUUUGAAUGAUUUGUUGGUCAAGUUUGCUACACGCCAGGUUUCGUCUAUUUUGUUUGUUUGCAGACGAAGUCGAGCGAGAAAGUUGUACACAUUUUUGAACUAAAAAUUUCUUUAAGAAAAUGGAAUAAAAUAUGAAAUUAAUGAAAUAACUUGAGGUGUAAGAAAAUAUGUGUUCUAAUAUUUACAGCAACAUCGUAUUAUGUCCUCUGUAAGGUGAAAAGUGC